GAACGGUUUAAGGUGCUUUCGGUAUACGAAAUGUUUUCGUGAAGCCGUAGGUCAAAAAUAUUGCACGGCCUCUGAACUGCAGAAUAAGAGAGAAACUACAGCUGCCGCAGAAUUUGAUUUUAACAGUGCACGCCCAUCUGAAGAAAUACCAGGCCCAAGUACAUUUGAGCUCGUACGUAAUAUUCUUCCCGGUGGAGUUUUACAUAAUAAGCCGAUAACUGACAUGUUGAUUGUGUAUGGUAAGAAAUAUGGACAAUUAUUUCGCAUGCCAGGCUUAUUUGGUAACAGAGAUUUCUACGUGACGUCUAAUCCAGAUGACUAUUCAGUUGUAUUCCGGAAUGAGGGUCAAUGGCCAGUACGUCGCUGUUUUGAUACAUUUGUCUAUCAUCGAAAAGUGCACAGAGCCAAGUACUUUCAAGGCGUUGACGGUUUACUGGCAAGUUCUGGAGAGAAAUGGUAUAAUGUACGUAAGGUGGCGAAUCCAGUGCUUAUGCAGCCAAGAAAUGUGCGGCCCUAUUUGACGACUAUGCUUGAUGUAAAUGAUGAAUUUCUAGAAAGAAUUCGCAAAAUACGUAACCCAAAAACACUUGAAAUGCCCGACAGUUUCGAGGAAGAAAUAAAUCGCUUGGCACUGGAAUCAGUAGCUGCAGUGGCACUCAAUACUCGAUUGGGACUUAUAAAUCGAGAUGGAUUAGAGGGAGAUUCCAAAGCAAUUAUAAGUAACUUACGUAGCGUUUUCGAUAUGGUAGUUCUGUUAGAGGGUGUUCCAUUCUGGAAGAUUCUUAAGACACCUGGCUUUUAUAAAAUGAUGAAGGUUUUAGAUGCAAUACUUGAUGAUUGCAAUAAAUAUAUAGAAUUAGCGCUAGAAAAAAUAGAAAAGGACAAAACUAAUCGAUCAGCAACAGAAUUGAAUAGACAGAAAAGUGUGUUGGAAAAGUUAGCACAAGAAGAUAAAAAAAUUGCUGUAACAAUGGCACUGGAUAUGUUAUUUGCAGGUGUAGAUACUACAAGUUCAGCUUUAGCUGGCAUACUGGCAGUUCUUGCAAAAAAUCCACAAAAACAGGAGAAACUCUAUGAAGAAAUGAAGACGAUAUUACCAGAAAAGCAUUCCCGUUUAACAAUAGAUAAUAUGAGUAACUUACCUUACUUACGUGCUUGCAUCAAAGAGGGCCUACGUCUACAUCCGAUUUUACCAGGUACAAUGCGUCAAUUGCCACAUGACGUUGUACUUAGUGGGUACCGUGUACCGGCUGGUAAUGAUAUUACGACUGCUGGAAAUGCACAAAUGCGUGAUGAGGAUUAUGUACCACGUGCUAAGGAAUACAUACCGGAACGUUGGCUACGUAAUGAUCUCAACAAUAAGUACGCUGGUGAUAUAGUUAGGCCUUUUAUGUAUUUGCCUUUUGGUUUUGGUCCUCGUAGUUGUGCUGGACGUCGUGUGGUUGAGUUAGAAAUGGAGAUCACAAUUGCACGUCUGGUGCGGAAUUUUAUUAUUGAAUUUAAUCAUCCAAUAGAAAAUUUGUUUAAGCAGAAAAUGAUUGUAGUCCCAAAUAAGCCAUUGAAUUUCAAAUUUGAGGAAAGAAAAGAAUAAAUCAGAUUGGAAGAGGUUGAGCUGAUCUAAUGUCAAACAAAAAUAAAAAUAAAAAUAACACAAAAUUUAAAUCAA